AUGGGGGUCGCUGGAGUCACAACGGCGACAUUCGCCCUAGCAGCGGCCGCCGGCACCGCGUCGGCAGCUGCUCCAGUAGCACCCGCCGACUCCUUGGCAGGGGCCAUGAGCGACCCGGCAAUGGCCGCAGCAGCGAUAGCCGCCGAGACUGUGCCGGCAGCCUCCUCGGGGUCGGUCCCUGAUUCCGCAGUGGCUUCACCACCGUCCCCCGCGACGCCCCGGGACGGGGUGACCCAGCGGGCACCUACGGUGCCGCCCGCUCGAGGGGUCUUCCGGGCCUUCGCGCUCCGACGCAACCCCCCCAAGUCCAAUUCACUGGCGGCUGCCCGCAAAAGGGGGAGGAGGGACUCCCCGCCCGCCACGCCGAGCAAGAGGGCGUGCGGGGACGCCGGCAGUGUCGCUGACCCGACCGUUGCAGGGGUCAGCGGCGUCAUCAUUGCGCCCGCCGACGACCCAACCCCUACGGGGCCGGGGCCGGCAACUGUAAGCGGCAGCUCACCCGCGGCAAGCCUUUCGGAGGCUCCCGCCUGCGCAGGCGAGGAGGGGGAGGCCCCCCUUGCAAGUCCAUCUGCCGUGCAAGGCACGAGUGUGCCCGCACCGAGAGCGGGUGCCACCGUGAUUGAUCUCGACUCUGUCGUCGAGAUCACGGGGGCGGCAGAAGAGCCGGAACCGGCUCUCACACCAAGCCCUGCCGCGCCGGCGACAGCGGCGGUGGUGGCCACCGUCACCACUGGGACGGCGCUUGGUGACCCGCCUGCAGCCGCGGACGCGACUGGCACGGACUCGCCUGGCGCCCAGUAG